CUAGGCCUCGUCACCAUGGCGACGGCCCCGCUCCGCCAUGUUCCCGGCCUGCCCCGCGCGCCCCGACCAGGAAGCGUUGCCAUGGCGGCGGGGGGGCUCCGCGGCCUGGUCGCAGCCCUCGAGUCCUACCGCGGCCGGGACCGGGCGGUCCGCGCGCUCUGCUAUGGCUGCCAGCUGGCUGGCGGGGCGCUGGGAGGACGGCGGAGCCCCGCAGCUGGGCUGCCCGGGAGCCUCCUGGCCGUGUCGGCGCAGCUCAGCCACUGCCGCACCGUCCUGCGGCUCUUCGACGACCUCGCCAUGCUCAGCUACAGCCGCGGCUACGGGCUGGGGCCCGAGGACGAGGACGUGCUGGUGCGCGGGCUCUCGGUGCUCUGCAACGUGGCCGACCAGCUGUACUACCCCUGCGAGCACGUCGCCUGGGCAGCCGACGCCGGCAUCAUCCACGCCAGCUCUAGCAAGUGGUGGGAUGCGAGCACCAGGCUCUGGGGCUUCUCCCUGCUCCUGGGUGUCCUGCGAUCCUUGAGAAUUUUGUUCCAGUUAAGAAAGAAGCUGAGGCAGCAGAAGGGUACAUCUUCACCGCAGGAUCACAAGAAAAUGAAAGCCCAAGUGAAGAGCGAAGUUCUGAGCAUCGUCAGUAACAUGGCAGAUCUCGCCAAUGCCAUCCACUGGCUGCCACCAGGAUUUCUUUGGGCUGGGCGGUUUCCGCCGUGGCUAGUAGGACUCCUGGGGACCAUCUCUUCCCUGAUUGGUAUCUACCAGGCAUCUAGAGAGGGCAAUUCUGGAGCUGUUUGAGCCAUAUUAAGCCUCUGGAACCCAGUUUUUACAUGGUAAAAAUGCAUUUAUUGGGGCAGGGUGUUUUUAACUUUCCUGGCUAUCGAUGAUUGUAAUUCUGUGCAUCCUGUAAUUGAGACUGUAAUCGAGAUCCCUUUUACAGAGAGGAUCACUUAUUUUAUUACUCUUCAUCAGAGAAAUCUGAAAUCAGGUUAGUCAUCUGAAAAUUGACAAGUCUCAUAGGAUUGAUGACAUAGAGGAAAAAAGUUGUACUCGCUUCCAUCCUUCCUUCCUGUACUUCAAAAGACAAAUGCAAUCCUCCGGUCUUUGCUCAUUUAAAAGAGUACAAAGUCAGUGUUUGGUGGAGAAAUGGCCACGGUUCUUUUACUCAAAACUUCCAAGGGAUGGAUUCUGGAAGUUCAAGCUCCAGGCUCAGCACUUGGUGCCUCAUCUGAGCCAGGGAGGGGACCUUCAUCACAGAAGCUUCUCUGUCAGAUAUUUUGGUGCUUGAGUCCAGAGCAGAUACCCCAAGCACAAAGAGGAGCAGGUGGCAGAGGGAUGCGGGCUGUUUAGUUUAUGACAGUUGUGUUUCUGUAGAGGUGAUACGGGAAAGAAACAGCAACUGUAAGCAACGCCUUACUAAGCUUUCCUCCAGCCUCUAUUACUCAUUUAUGGAGAAAUACUGUGAAUUGAGACUUCUCGGUUAAACCAGAACAUGCAAAAAAAAAGUGCAGAGGCUUCAGCUGUGCCUUUGUGGAAGGCCACCGGGUGGAGCUCUUCCACCGAGCUCUGCAAGAGCCAACGGACUUUUUAAAAAAAAGAAACAAAUUAAUCACUUUUGAAAGGACCGGUCAAACCAAUGCAAGAAUGAGUUUUACAGUCAUAUUUCUAAGCAGUGCCAAUAAUAAAUGAGAUGAAUGCU